AUGCCACCCUGUGGCACCCUGUCCUGCCACCAUCUACAGAUGCCUCUGCUGCUCCUGCUUAUGCUGUCCGGACACUGCCAGGCAGUGUGCCCAGCAUCGUGCUCCUGCAGCGAGGGUCACAGGGAAGUGGACUGCUCCUGGAGGGGUCUGAGACAACUGCCUGACAGCCUGCAGCACAACAUCCACUUCUUAAACCUGUCCCACAACAGACUAGUUGACUUAGACCACCGUCUCAGCCCGUACACUCACCUUCGUACUCUGGACAUCUCGUACAACAGGCUUAGCCGCAUGCCAGCCUCACUGCCACGGGCACUAUGGGAGAUCCGAGCUUCCGGCAACCGCUUGCGCCUGCUAGAAAAGAACGAUACAGCCUACCAGUGGAACUUACGAACGCUCGACCUCUCAGCUAACAAGCUGGAACGCGUGGUAUUUAUCAAUAACACGCUACCAAGCCUGCGUGCCCUCAACCUCAGCCACAAUCGCUUCUGGACCGUGCCGACCAACAUGCCCCAGCACCUGGAGGAGGUGGACCUUUCCCACAACACCUUGGUCCAGAUCUUGCCAGGCUCUCUGGAUCGUCUCACCAGGCUGGAGCGCUUUUACCUGCACGCUAACCGAUUUGCGUCUCUGAGCGAGGGAGCCUUCCGGCACCUGGCCCGCCUCAGGCUGAUCACCCUGGGGGAGAAUCCCUGGGCAUGUGAGGAUGGACCCAGCAUCAGUCAUCUCCUGGACUGGGUCCAACAUACCACAGCCCGAGUACUAGGCUGUCCCUGCCAUACGUGGCACGUCUGCGGUGAAGCCCACCAAGCCAGGACAUGGGGCUGGCACUUCGCCACCUACACCUUGUCCGCCUGGGGUCCAGGCAGCCACGAGUUUGGUCACCCACCCACAGAAGCCAUCACCACUGCUUACAGGUCUCAAACUGUGUUUCUAGAAACGGCGCACACCACGGGAUCCCCAGAAGCUCCCUACAGUCCUGAAGCAAAAGACCCUUCCAACAGCAGCUCAAAUUCCACACCACAAACUCUCUCAACAGCAGAGAAUCCAUUCGAGACAGACACCCUCAUGACUACUGACGGUUACUUCACCACUACUAUCACAACAACCACACGGAGGACAACCACUCUCCGCACCAGGAGUGUCAAGAGAGCCAACCAGGGCACAAGUCGAAACACAAGCUCAGGACAAGGCGGCGUGUCUCCAUUCCUUUUAGUUCUGGGCAGUUCUCUCCUGGCAACAGUUGUCAAAGUCCUCUGA